AUGCCGCGCAAUUCGGCAUCCAUCCCGGAGACACACUUCCUACGAGGGCAAACAGACCCGUCGCUCGAGUCGACGCACGUGUCGGGGCCAAUCGCGUUUCUAAACCCAACCAAAGUGCACUUCAGGCCUACGGCUAAGCGCAAAGAGGAUCAGGAAUUUCCACAACCAGUUGGCGAGGGCGAGGAACAACAGGCAGUAGAACCCGGUAAACAACCCAGAGUUGAAUAUCUCUGGCGCUCUCGCGAUAACCGCAAAGGCCGCCAUGCUAUCCACGUCCAGUACUCCCCGGAGCAGCAUGGGCCCGGACAUAUUCUCCCGGAAAGCACUACGAGUCUGCAAGCAGUACUUCGCAUUCUCCUUCGGAUGGCGACAUAUUGCCCUUACUGGGAUGUGUCCUACCUUGUUGCAGCUAUCUUCACACUAGGCUCUGUGAUCUGGGUCAUCAAUUCGUUUUUUGUCUGGCUACCUCUCCAAGAUCCGUCGACGACGUUCCCUGGCGAGGCUGUAACAGGCGGCGGCGUGUCGGCCUUUAUCGGCGCUACCAUUUUCGAGAUAGGCAGUGUUUUACUCCUCCUAGAGGCCGUCAAUGAGAACCAGACCUCCUGUUUUGGAUGGGCCGUGGAAAAUGUGGUCAAAAGACUUGAAGCGAGAGAGUACUUGGUCAACACGACUGAAGUCAGACCUGUUGAAUCGCAGGAUUGCUCCCAUCAUCACUCCAAUAAGCGCUCUUUUCUGCGAGAUGGACUAAGGGAACGUUCCUCUGAAGACCAGAGAUCAUUUGAAUGGAUACCUUCACUUGCAGAAUUACGAUCUCACUAUUUUCAUGAGCUUGGGUUUUUGGCAUCAUUUGUGCAGCUGAUUGGAGCCACCGUAUUCUGGAUUGCCGGGUUUACAGGUCUUCCAGGCAUCAUUGACCACAUGAGCCAGGGCUUGACAGAUGGCGUGUAUUGGACACCUCAAAUUGUGGGCGGAUGUUGUUUCGUUAUCAGUGGUCUUCUUUUUACCAUUGAAACGCAGCCAAAAUGGUAUAUUCCGGCUCCCAAAGUUCUUGGGUGGCAUAUAGGGUUUUGGAAUUUCAUUGGAGGAAUUGGCUUUACACUCUGCGGUGCCCUCGGACCAGCGUCCUCCGGAUCCUCUAGAGUUGAAUAUCAAUCUUGCUUGGCCACUUUCUGGGGGUCAUGGGCCUUUCUAGUCGGCUCAGCAAUUCAGUGGUAUGAGAGUCUAGACAAGUUCCCAGUCGAGAAGAAAACGCAGACUACCUCGCCCGGUACGAUCUACCAUGGUAAACGAUAA